AUCUUCUUUUCAUUUCUUUUCAUCCAAACAAAGAGUGAGUAAGAAAGAUACAACAAAGUGGGAUUUAAGGUCGUUCUUGGCCAUGGUUUCGGUACAGGUGGCCUAUGUGGGAAUGAACAUCACUUCCAAACUGGCUUUGGAAUCUAGCAUGCGACCUUUAGCCUUGUUGCAUACUGCAAUUGCUAUCAUGCCUUCUGUGUUUAUUUUGAAGUGAUAAUAAUUUCUUUUGCUUGCUUAAAUUUUGUUUUGUUUUAAGGUAAUAAGUGAAUUUGGUUUGAUUCUUUCUCAAUUUGUAUUGUAUAUGGAUUUUAUUUGAUCUCUAGAAAAAUGAGUUGUUUUCUUUUAGGUCUAAAAUGUUGAUUCGGUUAACAUUAAUUGGAUAUCUCAUGCCUAUAAUCAAUCAUGUUUAUGACU